AUGACUUUUUUAUCUGCCCGAGGCGAAGCCUUGGCUACGGCUCGUAUACUUUUGAUUGUUCUCCCUGCGUUCCUCCUAUAUGGCUACAACCAGUCCAAUCUGGGCGUGCUCGCCUACCCAUCAUUCACCAAACAUUUUCCAACCAUUGAUACUGCGACUACGACGGGAGAAGCCAAGUCCCGCAAUGCCAGAAUCCAGGGAACCGUCGUCGCAAUCUACACCUUGGGGUGUCUCAUCGGAGCCCUAGGCAUUGCUCGAGUAGCCAAUCGCUUCGGCCGCCGACCUAGCCUUUUGGCUGGGGCAGUGGUCGUAGCAGCCGGCAUGCUCAUUCAAGCAACCUCCUUUAGUCUUGCCCAACUUAUUGUCGGCCGCAUACUCAGUGGUGUGGGAAACGGAGCCAUCAACGCGGUAGUCCCAGUUUGGCAGAGUGAAUGCUCAGCACCCAAGAGCCGUGGAAAAAAUGUUGUCGUUCUCGGUGCCUUUGUGGCGACGGGCGUCGCGGCUGCCGGCUGGGUCAACUAUGGCUUGUCCUCCAUCUCAUCGCAAGAGGUGGCGUGGCGCUUGCCACUGGCAUUGCCUAUCGUCUUUAGUCUCAUGCUCAUGGCCUCGACGAUGCUCUUCCCAGAGUCUCCUCGCUGGCUUGUCAUGAAGGGCAAGACUGAAGAUGCUCGUCAGAGUAUCAGCAGGUUGGCGGUUGGUAAUCAAGCUGACCCAGAGGCUGUUGAGCUCGAGUUGGCUACACUGACAAGCAUGAUCCGCAUCGAAGGCCAACAGCCCGCUCGCGGGUACUUGGACUUGUUCAAACGUGACGGCCAGCGCCUAUGGUACCGUCUCUGUCUGGCUAUCGGCAUCAACUUUUGCGCACAAAUGACGGGAGCCAAUGUCAUUAGUUAUUAUGGCACUACCAUCUUCAAAGAGUCCCUCCUGCUACCUUCUAAAAAGGCAGCACUUUUGAAUGCGGGCGUCUUGACAUGGAAGAUUGCCGCCGCAACCUUUGCCUACCUCACCGUGGAUCGGAUCGGCCGCAAGCCGCUCUUCAUGAUUGCCGGCGCGGGUAUGGGCGCCAGCAUGGCUGGGCUGGCAGGGACUGUAUGGGCCAUUGACAACCAGGCUAGCCCUGGAGCUGGUAUUGCCGCCACCUUCUUCUUGUUUCUGUUCAUGGCAUUUUUCCCCCUUGGAUUCCUUGCUGCAAACUUUCUCUACAGCGCCGAGAUUGCCCCCCAAGACUUGCGCAUCCAUCUUGCUUCCAUUGGUACCGCAACCCAUUGGCUUUUCAAUUUCGUUAUUGCUGAAAUCACGCCGAUUGCAUUCGUCUCCAUCAAGUGGCGAUAUUACAUUGUAUACGCCGUCAUAGGAUUCUGCGUCGUUCCAUUGGUCUAUUUCCUCUUUCCUGAAACCAAGGGCAAGUCACUUGAAGAGAUGAAUACUCUAUUUUCCGAAGGGAACCCUUUUGGCAAGUUCCAUCAUUUUCAAAGCAAGUCAUGCUUGAGGAGGUAUUUGAAGCAGAAAAAAGUGCAAAGCUAG